ACUGUGCUUCCCAAAUUUUGCCGGUGCAGUAUCAAGAAAAUUAAAGAACAUCUAUAAUGAAGCAGCUAUCGUGUAUCCUGAUUGUCUUUGCAAUCGUUGGAAUUUAUGCGGAUGAACCGGAGAGACUGGUAAAUGGAGUAUCCGCCUAUAUUGAGGACUAUCCUUAUAUGGUCUCUAUCAGGAAUCAAAACAAUCAUAUGUGUGGCGGUAACAUGAUUAGUGAUCGUCAUAUCCUCACAGCCGCGCAUUGCGUAUAUCCUAUAAUCACAGACUCCGGACUAAGACAAAGCGUAACUAUUGUCAGUGGCACAACUUGGCUCAAUUCGGGCGGACAGGUUCACAGAAUAUCGCAAAUGUGGUACCACGAAAGCUACAAUCCAAAUACUCUGGGAAAUGAUAUCGGUUUAAUUAAGUUAUCUGCGCCUAUUAUCUUCAACUCCAGGCAAAGACCAAUAGGACUCCCAACAUCAGAUGUAAAGAGAGGCGAAAGCUUAACGAUCGUAGCUUGGGGUUCUACGGGUUUCAGACAAGCCGUACAUAAUAAUUUGCAAAAAUUGAACGCAAAAUGCAUGCUUCCGGACGAGUGUCAGAGAUAUCAUCAGAAUUUCAUGCCUAUUUACACGAACGAAUUCUGUACUCUCAUCUCUUAUGGAACUGGAGCUUGCAAUGGUGACAGCGGUAGCGGAGUUAUUCGCAGCGAUGGAACGAUUGCCGGUGUGGUAUCUCGUGGAAGACCAUGUGCCGUAGAUUUCCCGGAUGUAUUUACUAAUAUUUUCAAGCAUAUCUAUUGGAUCCGUCAGAAAAUGGUACUUUAAUAACAACAACUCUCUCCAUGUAUAGCCACACCUUUAAUACUUAAUAAAGAUUAUUCAGCAAAGGCACUAA